GGCUCAGCUCCGGCUCAGCCCAGCCCAGAGACACAGAGACCCUCUCCCUGCCUCUGUCUGCGCUUCCCUUCUUUCUGCCUCCUGGCCUUCGGCCCCCAGCUCCCCUCCCCCCACACCCCUUCCCUCAUGAGCUGGUCCCCAGAAGAGUGCAGGGGGCAGGAAGAGCCCCUGGGUGACAGACAUGCCCUCUGUGCCAGGCUGGUGGAGAAGCCCAGCAGGGAGUCUGCAGAGGACCCGAAGUCUGGCCCGGGACCCAUCGUCACCCGCACGGCCUCAGGACCCGCCCUGGCCUUCUGGCAGGCGCUGCUGGCCGGGGACGUGGGCUCUGUGUCCCACAUCCUGGCCGAUUCCAGCACCGGCCUGACAGCAGACUCCAUCUUUGACACAAGCGACCCAGAGCGAUGGAGGGAUUUCCGCUUCAACAUUCGCGCUCUGAGACUCUGGUCUCUGACGUAUGAAGAGGAACUGACCACCCCACUGCACGUGGCAGCCAGCCGGGGCCACGUGGAAGUCUUGCGGCUGCUGCUGAGGCGGCGGGCGAGGCCUGACCGUGCCCCCGGGGGCCGUACCGCCCUGCACGAGGCCUGUGCCUCGGGUCACUCUUCCUGUGUCCACGUGCUGCUGGUGGCAGGAGCCGACCCCAACAUCCCUGACCAGGAUGGGAAGCUCCCUCUGCACCUCUGCAGGGGGGCCGGCACCCUCGAGUGUGCAGAGCUGCUCCUGAGGUUUGGGGCGAAAGUGGACGGUCGAUCCGAGGAGGAAGAGGAGACCCCUUUGCAUGUAGCUGCCCGGCUGGGCCAUGUGGAGCUGGCUGACCUGCUUCUGCGACGGGGGGCGUGCCCGGAUGCCCGUGAUGCUGAGGGCUGGACCCCACUGCUGGUUGCCUGUGAUACCCACUGCCUGUCCCCCACCGACGCUGAGGCCACCACGGCCCGCUGCCUCCAGCUGUGCCACCUGCUUCUCUCGGCCGGCGCCAACGCCGAUGCUGCAGACCAGGACAAGCGGCGGCCCCUGCACCUGGCCUGUCGCCACGGCCACGCGGCUGUCGUGGAACUGCUUCUGUCCUACAGCGUCAGUGUCAACGCCAUGGACUACGGGGGACACACGGCCCUGCACUGUGCUCUGCAGGGCCCACCCUCGGCCCUGGCCCAGAGCCCGGAGCGUGUCGUGAGGGCCCUGCUCAACCAUGGUGCUGUUCGAGUCUGGCCUGGGGCUCUCCCCAAGGUGCUGGAACGCUGGUGCAGGUCCCCACGGACCAUCGAGGUCCUGAUGAACACCUACAGUGUCGUGCGGCUUCCUGAGGGGGCCGUGGGCCUGGUGCCUCCUGAAACUCUGCAGAAGCACCACCGUUUCUACUCCUCCCUCUUUGCCCUGGUGAAGCAGCCCAGAUCGCUGCAGCACCUGAGCCGCUGUGCGCUCAGAGCCCACCUGGAGGCCCGCCUGCCCCACGCCCUGCCCCGCCUCCCCUUGCCGGCCCGCCUGCUCCGCUACCUGCAGCUGGACUUUGAGGAUGUGCUCUACUAGAGCACCGGACGUCUCCAAAUGCACACUUCUCCAUCCGGAUGAACACCACAUUUUGAGAGAGUCUGAAAGCAGCUGUCCCAGGCCCCAGGGGUGCCGCGGCCCGCCUCUCUCGGUGCCUCAGAUCCAGGACUGAACUGAACCAACUCAAGCCGAGGCAGCCCUCCUGCAGAGGUCCAUCUCUGCGGGGGGAGUGGAUACUGCCAUUCCCACCAGAGAGAGGCCAAUGGACCAUGUUUGUUGGAGAGAGAGUUAGGACUCACAGCAAGUAAUACCCUCCUCUUGGCGGUCUCCUGAAGUCCCCUCUGACUGACACAAAUCCUGUACGCUCAUUAAAGCCUCCAGACCUGUGUAUUUGGUACUGUCUCCAACAGACCUGCCUCCGAGUUGACCAACCCACGGGGUACUCAGGAUGGGCAGACUGGAUGUGCCAGCUGCGUCACCUUCCCCCUCUGACAUCCGCUGAGGGAUCCCAGGAAGAGCCCUGCCCCUCUGGCCCAUGAUGUGGCAGAGUGGCUGCCCAGUGAAGUGUCAGACAAGGCCCAAAGGACGGCUGGCCAGCGGAUGGCUUGUGUAGGGCAAAUCAUCAGCAGACGAGGCCAUGCAGACAGUGGGGCAGGGCAAUAAAGGCAGCCUGGGAGCCGGGAGAGGAGCCGAAGCGCGGAAAGGCCAAUGAGAAGGUGGGUGCACAGGUGAUGAGCAAGCAUGGAGGGGUAACCAUGGUUCAGGAAAGUGUGGAAGACCCACGUUUAGAAAAAACAAAACCCUCCAAAAGCUCUCCUUCCUGCCUGUCCUGAAGGUCAGGGAGCAUGGGAUGCUCACCUGCUUCCUGGCUCUCUCUAUCUGCUCCUUCUAAAUUUAGCUCUGUGGCGGCAGGAGCAGAGCUGAAAGUUACACCCUUGGGUUCUAGUGCUGCUCUGCCAUUAACUCGGGGGAACAUAAGUCUCUUCCCCUCUCUGGGCUCAUUUCCGCAUCUGUGAAACAGGCAGAAGGCAGUCCCGAAGGUUCUUUGCAGUACUAGGAUUUUAAGUACCUGCAGGUGUCCUCAGCAGCCGGGAGCUCGCGUGCAACCACGGGAGAGGUGGAGUUGACUGGAGAGCCGCAGAACAGCCAAUCAAUUGCACUGUGACCCAUGACGACAGAGGUUGCUAGACAGAUUUCCCAGGGCCUUCAGAGAGCGCAUGCGCCGAAGUUCACGACUUUCCCGCCAACAGCUGGGAGUAUAGCGGCGAAGGGUGGGCCCGAAGGGCGCGAGGCGGCGGGGGCGGGGCUUGGAGGGCGCGAAGCUCGACGGGUAGCGGAGUGAGCGGCGGAGCCGGAGCGGGGCGGAGGUGAGCGAGCUGGCCUCUCACCUAACCUGCCGGGUUAGGUGGGGCUGACCGGACAAGGGUGGGCUUCCAGUCGCGGGCGCGCUGCGAGCGGAGCGGAGGGUGCGCGCCGAAGCCCUAGUCCUCAGCGGGGGGGCCGAGCGCAGGCCGAAGGGCGCCCGGGGCUGGUCGUGGCUCCGCAGGCCCCACGUCAGGGGCGCGUCGGCGAGGCUCGGAGGGACAGGCGGGCGAGGCGUUGGUUCCCGCGAGGCGUGUUCGGGCGUGGCCGGUAGGGAGCCCCCCGCGCCAGCGGCCUCGGUCGGCCAGGCUUCCGGGGCGUGCUGGGCGCGAGCACGAGCCCGCCGUCGUGGCCCUCGCCGCAGGGCGCCACCAAGCGGACGGCGGGAAGGGACCGCUGCGGCGCUCCGGGUGGAAGAACUCCCAUGUGACCCACAGUGGCGGGCCGCUGGCCCAGCCUCCUCUCCCGGAGGGCGACGUUUAACCUGAGGCCUGGAUAACGGAGAGGAGCCCCCUGGGCGUGCGUGGGGGCAGCUGGGAAGCGAUGCAGGCUGAUUUAGGUUUUAAAAGAUCGCUCGGGCGCCGAGUGGCUUGG